AUGCACCAAUGGCGAAAGUGGACGGCCAUCGGCAGUGUCUGCUUCUUUGGCUCUCUAUCUUCGUUGGCCGAAGUCAUUAUUGGGUCUCUCGUACCCUUAUUUCUCCUCUUUUACUCGGGGGUAGACGUACGGAUCCUCAACACUGCCGAUUUCCAGAAAAUCAGCGGUGGCUCUGCGACUGGCGUCAACCCCUUAGCCAUACCUCCCGAAGGAACCAUACCUACCCAUAUUGGCAAGGUAUCGCUGCUCGCCACGUUGCCACUAUUGAGCAACGGUAUUGCCAGCAGUAUCCUCCUGGUCCCCCUGUCGAUUGCCGUGGGCCGGCGGCCUGUUCUGUUGUUUGCCAGAGGGUGCGCGUGUUCGGGCGGUUUCUGGGCCGCCGCCAGUUCCUCUCUUGACAGCCACUUGGCCGCGUUCGCUGUUCAGGGCCUUGGUGCUGGCGCUAUUGAAGCCCUGAUCCCGCUGGUUAUCCAAGACAUGGACAUCAUCAUUACGGAUUGGCGAUGGCUGUACUAUAUUACCUCAGGCCUGGGUGUCGUGGCCUGGCUGCUUCUGCUCUUAUUCUUGCCGGAAACAUGGAUGAGGUCCAAAGAGGGGCUGAGCGGCCGGAAAUUAUAUCCACUCAAGCCAGGCCGUCAGAACCGGCCAGAACUAGACUACAAGGAGGCAGGUCUGUCAAUGCUCGACGCCUUGAGGACGGCCUUCUUUCCUGCUGUUGUCUGGGCGACAGUGGCAAACAGUAUCUUCGUCUGGACGGGAUUAUCGGUGCUACCCUUCAUCGCUGUAACGGGGUUGGUAUACCUCUUUGGAGGACCUAUCGCGGACCGUAUCGCCAGUUCCGUGGCCCGUAGCAGCGGAGGCUCCCGGGAACCAGAGCACCACUUGCUCAAUAUGGCAGCGCCUUUGGUCUUCGGUAUUUCUCCAACAAAUGGACACUGCGCAUUACUGCUUGCUGGGUCUUUCAUGAUUAUUUUUGGCUUCCUCGUCGCCAUGUCCACCCUCAACGUCUUCAUCGUCGAGAGCUAUCCCAUGUGCGCAGGGCCCGUGCUGGUCAAUGUGUCGAUCAUCCGCAUCAUCGUUGGCUUUUUCCUUGGUUUCUUUAGCACCUUUGCCUUGUACGGCGAGGUCAUGAUUGUGGCAUCGCUUAGCGUCCCGGUCCUCUAUUUCUUUGGCAAGCGGAUCCGGCAGUGGACUGGCCGCCGCGUGCCGGAUGACAGGCGAGAGGCUGCUACCAGCGAGCUUAUCAACGAGAAGCCGACCCGCCUUGUGAGGUGCUACCGCCGCUCCUGA